AUGUCUGCCGGAAAGCUUGACAAGUCUCUCGACGAGAUCGUCUCGUCUCAACGCCGCACGGCCGGUCGCCGCGGCGGCGCUGCCCGUCGCUCCACUGGCCGCCCGGCCCCCGCCGCCCCAGUUGGUGGCAUCCACAAGAACACCAAAGCCACUCGCAGUGCCGUCCAGAAGCCGGCGCCUGCUAAGGCCUCUGGAGUUCCCGGAACCAGCAAGGUUGUUGUGAGCAACAUGCCCAAGGACGUGUCCGAAGCGCAAAUCAAGGAAUACUUCGGUCAAACCGUUGGACCUGUAAAGAGGGUCGAGAUCUCAUACGGACCCGGUGGAGUCAGCCGUGGUAUCGCCACGGUUACCUUCGCCCAUGCCGACGGUGCCAGCAAAGCUUUUGCUGAGCUGAACGGUCUUCUUAUUGACAACAAGCCCGCCAAGGUGGAAGUCGUCGUCGCGUCUGCCGACCAGAUCCCCGCGCCUAAGACCUUGAGCCAGAGAGUCACGCAAAACAAGGCGCAGCCCAAGUCUGCUGCAACUGACAAGCGAGGUGCCACCGCUGGUAAAGGUUCUGGUGCUCAGGCGAACGGCGCAAAGGGUGCGAAGAAGGUCGCGCCGCGGAAGGGUCGCAACGCACGCCCGGCGAAGAAGACAGCUGAGGAGCUUGACUCUGAGAUGGCCGAUUACUUCCAGGGUGGCGAGACCAACACAGAGGCAGCAGCCAACGGGGCAGCCCCUGUAGCCACCAAUGGUGGUGACGCUGCCAUGGAGGAUGACAUUUUGUAA